AUUGUAUUCGUAUAUAUUUAUAUACAAUCGCUCAUCACAAUAGAUCUCGACUGAGAUCCCCGGUUCAAAUCCCGGCCUGGUCCUGGGAUCUUUCUGCAUGGAGUUUGCAUGUUCUCCCUGUGCAUGCCUGGGUUUUCUCCGGGUACUCCGGCUUCCUCCCACAGUCCAAAAAUAUGCUAAGGUGAAUUGGAUACUCUAAUUUGCCCGUAGGUGUGAAUGUGAGUGUGAUUGUUUGUAUAUGUAGCCCUGCGACAGACUGGUCCAGCACCCCCCGCGACCCUAAUGAGGAUAAAGCGGUGUAUAGAGAAUGGAUGGAUGGAUGGAGAAAGAAAAUUCAACCUAUUUUUAUUUGGAUAAAAACAAGAAUAAACACCACAAUAAACGACAAAUACCGAAAUAAAACGUAAUUGAAUAUCAGUGGUCGCUUGGGGGCGGUAUUGCUCCACUGUAGCGUAUCUGCUUCAUUUUCGCCGUCGAAGAAGAAGAAGCGUGGGAACCAAACAGUGCCGGGUUACGAAAUUAUCCGCAGCAGCAGCAGGAAGAAGAAGCGGGUGAACUAACCAGUGCCGGGUUACGAAAACACCCGCAGCAGUAGCAUCGGCGGCCGUUGUUCCAGCUCCGUUAGCGCCAUGGCGGCAGUGCGCAGCUUACGGGUGUCGGUGAAAUCAGACAGCGGCUCGGACCGCUCGGAGUCGGACUCGGAUUCCGAGUCGGACCGAGAUGCCCGCGAGGCCGAACCGAUGGAGGUGGAGGAGGGCGAGCUGGAGGCGGAGGACAUCUCCGUUAACCGCUCCCUGAAGGAGCUGCUGCCGGAUACGAGUCGGCGGUACGAGAACAAGGCUGGAGCCUUCAUCACUGGGAUCGAUGUCAACUCAAAGGAGGCGAUCGAGAAGAAAGAGAAGCGAGCGAGGCGUUUUCAUUUCCGCGGCGAGGAGGAAAGCGUCGUUCAGAGGAACGUUUUCCUGGACAAAGACGGCAUGAAGAAAGCCAUCCCCAGACUGCGCAUGGAGGCGAUCCACGUGACGGGUGUGGACGACAUGAGCACACAGGACGUCUUUGGGUAUUUUAAGGAGUAUCCUCCAGCGCACAUCGAGUGGAUCGACGACACGUCCUGUAACGUGGUUUGGUUGGACGACAACACAUGCAUCCGAGCUCUCAUCAACGCCAGCCGGAUGCCCGACCCAGAGGCGGUUGCCACGGAGACGGAGAGUAGCAGCCAGCCGGGCGAGCAGAGCAAAGGGCGCCGCGGCCAGAGGUCCGACGACGACGAAGAGGAGGAAGAGGGCGAAGUGGACGAGGACGAGGAGGAGAAGAAGAGCGGCGAGGAGAUCGAGGGCAAAGACAGCGACGGGGAGGCGGCGCCGCCGACGAAGGCGGAGGGCGGUCAGGUGGAAGAUCUGUCACGAGCCGAGAGAGAAUCUCUGCUGAGGAACGACCUGAGGCCCGCCAUCAAACCCUUCAAAGGAAACAAGCUGUUCCUACGCUUCGCCACGCAAGAUGAUAAGAAGGAGCUGGGUGCCGCUCGCCGUAGCAGAUAUUACAUGAAGUACGGAAACCCCAACUAUGGAGGCAUGAAGGGAAUCCUCAGCAACUCCUGGAAGAGGAGGUAUCACAACCGGAGGAUCCAGAGAGACGUCAUCAAGAGCAAGAAGCCUCUGAUUGGAGACAGCAUGGGACACACACCUCCGUACACACACCGACACUCAGCUGACCUGGUCAACCUGCCCGAGGAGCCCAUCAAGGAGGAGGAGGAAGAGGAGGAAGAAGAGGACGGCGACGAAGACAUGGACUCAGACGAUCGAGUGGUGGAGUACAAGGAGAGGGGGGAGAGGGGCGGGGCCUCACGCUCCCUGGGGGCGGGGCUUCGCAGCCGGGUGGAGCGAUCUCCGUCCCCUGGUCGGAGUCGGAUGAGAUGGACUACGACCUGGAGCUGAAAAUGAUCUCCACACCGUCCCCCAAGAAGAGCAAGAAGAUGACCAUGUACGCCGACGAGCUGGACACACACCUGAAGAGCAUCCGUAACCGGAUCGGAGGUUCGGCAUCACAGACCAGGACCAAAUCGUCGUCACCCACCAAGGUAACGGACGUCCGGCAGCUGCUGGAGGAGAAGAGGCAGGGCUCCUCUCAGCAGCGACAGCCCCCUCCAGUGUCCAGCAGCAGUAAGACAG